UUUUUCUUUCUUACACACACAACCAGGAAGUAACUGCUUCUGUUCAGAGAAACAGAAACUUUGCAGAGCACUAAGAAAAUGGCAGAGGCCAGUAUUUCAGUAACUCAGGAUCAGUUCAGCUGUCCAGUGUGUCUGGAUCUCCUGAAGGAUCCAGUGACUACCCCGUGUGGUCACAGUUUCUGUAAGGUGUGUAUUAAUGACUGCUGGGAUCAGGAGAAUCAGAAGGGGGUCUACAGCUGUCCUCAGUGCAGACACACGUUCACUCCAAGGCCUGUUCUACACAGAAACAACAUGCUGGCUGAAGUGGUGGAGAAACUGAAGAAGACUGAAGUCCGAGCUGCUUCUCCUGCUCACUGUUACGCUGGACCUGGAGAUGUGGAAUGUGAUUUCUGUAGCGGGAGGAAACACAAAGCCGUCAAGUCGUGUCUGAUGUGUCUGGCGUCCUUUUGUGAAACUCAUCUGAAACCUCAUUAUGAAGUUCCUGGUCUGAAAAAACACACUUUAAUCAAAGCCUCUGGAAAUCUACAAGAGAAGAUCUGCUCUGAGCAUGAUGAAGUGUUGAAGAUCUACUGUCGUACCGACCAAAGCUUCAUCUGUUAUCUGUGUACGAUGCAUGAACACAGAGGACAUGACACAGCAGCUGCAGCAGAACGAUCUGAA